AUGUCAGCGCCAGGUUCCUCCAUCGAUCCCUCGAGCUACUCAGUGCUAGGUCUAACGCACGUACAGUACAACCAGCACGAUCCCUUUGCCAAAGCGCUAGCUCUGAUAACCCUCAGUCCCAUAUUCUUGCUAUGCUCUUACGUCACCAUCAUUCUCUACAGAAGGGAGUUGACAUUCAUCAAUGCGCUUAUUGGGCAGUUGGGAUGCGAGGGGGUGAACUGGGGCUUGAAGAGGUUGAUCAGGCAGCCUAGACCUACUGGUAAGUUGCGAGCAGCAUGCGCAACAAGGAGUCCGGCAAGGCACACGAUGUGCUAGCUGACAUGGCUCAUCACGCGCCUCUGUCCUCACUCCACCUCUGGUCUACAAUGCUGGUGCAGGUAACCUAGGCUCAGGCUACGGCAUGCCCUCUUCUCACGCCCAAUUCGUCGGUUUCUUUGCUGCCUACUUUUUGGCCCACUUUGCUCUGCAUCAUCCCAAAGCUGCCAGACCUGCGACGCUUGUCAACACCAUGCGAAGGUUCGAGCAUGCUGUAGCCAUGUUGGCCAUCGCCAGCUGCGCCGCCAUCACCGCAUACAGCCGGUGAGUCGCUUGCUCACGCGUCUAACAAUGCUCGCUUUGGCAAUGUGCCGGGUCGUAUCUCAGAUGCUCAGCCAAAUGUGUCUCGUGUCCCUCUCAGAUAUCAUCUUUCCUAUCAUACGGCAGCACAGAUCUGGGUAGGCCUUUCACUAGGAAUAGCCAUCGGCUCCACAUGGUACUACAUAGCAGAGUACCUGCCCCGCAAGCCUCUCAGAUUGCCCAUCCCUCUAGGCUCGCCUCAUCAAUCACCUGCCACCGGUGAUCCGAGUAGCAGAGCAUCUGCGCGGGUCGAGGCUGAGAGAACAAAGCUUGGCUCUCCUGUCGCGCUUCGACAAAGGCAGCGCAAAUCGAUCAGCGCCAAGGAACAAGAGGUCGCUCAUGCUGGUAAUCAGGUAUCCACAACCUCGCCGGACCAAAAGCGCGCAAGACGUCGAUCUUCCCUCUCUUCCUUCUUACCCGAGCUUCAUCCCGCUCCUCCGCUACGUCAAUUGAUCCUCGACCAUCCCAUCGCGGUAGCUUUUCGAAUCAGGGAUUCGUGGACUGUAUGGCUGGACGGAGGCAUCGAGCAAGAGUACGGUCGAUGGCGGGACGAAUGGUUGGAAAGGCGAACCGAGUGGAGGCAAGACGAUGCGCUCGCGGAUUCGCCCAUCGAUCAACGUUUGAGCGAUCUGCCGCUUCUCGAGCAACGUACCUUUUCCAACAAGGAUGAUGAAGGUGGGGAAGCAUGGACGUCGGAGCAAGACGAGAUUCAUUACAGACGUUUGCUGAAAACGCUAGCGUUAGCGGAUCUUUGCGUUGCCAACCAGACGGCUUUUUGCGUAGGAUGCGUCAUCAGUCCUUCGCGCGCGUCUUGUGCGCAAGGAGAGCAAAUUCUAGCGACGGGCUACUCCCGCGAACUUCCAGGCAACACGCACGCCGAAGAAUGCGCCUUGCAAAAGUUGCUGCUGCUUUUGCGAGAUUCGUCGAUGGCUGCUGCCUUUGAGCGCGAGACGAUUUGGUUGGAUUUGUACACUAGUAUGGAACCGUGUUCUGUACGAGGAUCUGGCAACACCAGCUGCGUAUCUCGCAUACUCUCAUUUAACACGUCCUCCAUUUCAUCCGCCUCCACCUCACGUUCCCCUUGCUCCGGAGGAGGCGGUGCUGCAUCAUCUGCAAAACGCACGGGCAAGGGCGCGCGCGCUUGCUAUCAGAUAUCCCGCGUGUUCAUGGGGGUCAAAGAACCGCAAGAUUUCGUGCAGUGCGAAGGCGUUCGCAUGUUGAGAGAGGCGGGCGUGCAGGUCAUUACCGUCCUGCCACCUGACAGAGAGACGAGCAGGUUGGGAUUGAAACAUGGUUGGUUGGAGAGGGAAGCGCUCAGAAUUGCCAAGAAGAGCCACCUGGACCAAGCCGGGUCUGAAGGUGCCGAGGUCGCGUGGAAAGGUCUUGCUUGA